UCCUCAAUUCACAGCUUACGCUUACUCCUGCUCCAGAUAACCUCUGCUGCUUGCUCCCUCUCGUACCCUAGCAGCUAGCUAGCCGGUCGAUCUACACUAGGAAGAAGGAAGGGGAAAUGGCCGGGAGGGACAGGGACCCGCUGGUGGUUGGCAGGGUUGUGGGAGACGUGCUGGACCCCUUUGUCCGGACCACCAACCUCAGGGUGACCUUCGGGAACAGGACCGUGUCCAACGGCUGCGAGCUCAAGCCGUCCAUGGUCGCCCAGCAGCCCAGGGUUGAGGUGGGCGGCAAUGAGAUGAGGACCUUCUACACACUCGUGAUGGUAGACCCAGAUGCUCCAAGUCCAAGCGAUCCCAACCUUAGGGAGUAUCUCCCUAGAUAUACACACUGGCUUGUGACAGAUAUCCCCGGUACAACUGGUGCCUCGUUCGGGCAGGAAGUGAUGUGCUAUGAGAGCCCUCGUCCGACCAUGGGGAUCCACCGCUUCGUGCUCGUGCUCUUCCAGCAGCUCGGCCGGCAGCAGGGG